AUGAACGCCUUCAACCCUCGAAGGGUGUCCUAUCUGAGGGCGCCGGGUCCGUCACGUCGUUCAGCUGUAUCACCGUACCCUUCACUCAGCUCUAUCGGAUAUCCGCCAUCAGAGAGAUCGGCCGACGAGCGAUUUGCGUCUGCCGUUUGGCACCGCACCUUCAACCAUAUUGACUACGCUGCGUACAAAGCAGCCUGCGACGCGGAAAGGGCAGCGAAGCCCGAAAGAGAUCCGGAUGUAUUCUCAGUAUCUUCGUCAUCGGCCCGGAGCGGAUUUAGCAGAAUCGGCGCCAUGCUCACAAUUUACCCAUACCGCGACAUGGGAUGGCUCGCAACAAUGGUCUUCAUAUCAGGCGGCAUCUGCUUUUGCCUAAACGGCAUCUUCUCCCUCAUACCUCUUCUCAGCCCCAAGUUGAACUUCGCUGGGCAAGAUACCGGAAUCCAAACGACAUACACCUUGGGAGGCGCACUAUUCGCCCUCAGUGGCCUGAUGGGUCUGCUAGCUGCCUUCAACGUCGACCGUGGCCUACUGGAUCCGAAGAAAGACGCACCUGACGCUUACAAGCCUGCUCUUCUGGGCAGCGAAGAAUGGGUUUGGUGGGCCAACUGGUACGAACUACGAACCAUUUACUUGCCGAGUCUGGCUUUCCGAGCCGGCAUCUUACAGUUCUUCGCCGGCGCUUCGUUCACCGUGUCAGCCGUCGCUGGCAUUCCGGGUGUCCUCGAUCUAUCUCACCCAAGCGCCUCUAUCAUAUUUGUUACCUCACCACAACUCAUCGGCGGCGGUGUUUUCGUGAUCGCUGGCCUCUUGAUGAUAUACUUGUCUCAAGACAAGUGGUAUAUCCCGAAAAUUAUCGACGCUAGUUGGCAGAAUGGUCUCUGGAACUUGGUUGGCGCUGGCUCUUUUCUGGCCGUCGGUGUCGUCACGCUUCUCGAGAAGACAGCGGCUGUGGCGAUUGCGGCGUUGUUCCUGACCGGUGGCUUGGGAUUUCUCAUGGCUGCUCUGAUUCAGUGGUACAUUAUUAUGGAGUUUUACCCGACCGAUCCGUAUACGGAGGAUUCUGCGACAGCUGCAGAGAUUCCUUCGCAGUCGAUCUAUUAA